ACUACUUUCCUAAAAAAAUUAUAGGCUGAUUUGAUCAUUUGCUCGAUUUCUUAUUUUAGAAAUAUCAAUAUGGAGCCUGACUCCAAAGCGAGCUCUGUUCCUAAUCGAAAUGGACAACAAGCUAAACGUCCACCGGCAGUUAAGUUCCAAGGGCCUGAACCACACGGUGUUGAUAUUGGACGUGCAAAGAAGAGUGGAUGAGCAGAAGAUUCGACCAGUUGCGUGGGACAAGAAAACGUUGAGACGAGGUCACAGAAUGAACUGGCGUAAAUACCCAACUGUGGAAGUUAUAAACGAAUACAUGGAUUAUCUAGCUAAGAACUACCCUUCUGUGUGUAAACUAAAAGAAAUAGGCAAGUCUUCUGAAAAUACAACUAUCCAGAUGCUAACAAUAUCGAACGGUAACCCGCAAAACCAAGGCAUCCUGCUGGUGGCCGGGUCGCAUGCGCGGGAGUGGAUCGCCAUGACGUCUGCGCUGAUCAUCUUGCGAGAGAUCGUCACCAAGUUUGACGAGCAGCCCAAAUAUGUGCAAGAUAAAGAUUGGCACGUCAUUCCGCUACUAAACCCGGACGGGUUCCGGUAUACCUACCAGCGCGACCGGUUCUGGAGAAAGAGUCGCGGCCGCAACGUUAAAUCCAAUUGCAAAGGAGUGGAUUUGAACAGAAACUUUGGAACAGACUGGCAUAUUAAAGGUGUUGCAGAAAAGCAACCGUGCAAGGAACUUUAUAGCGGACCGCAUCCAUUUUCAGAGCCAGAAACAAGGGCUUUACGGGUGUACAUCGACAAAUUGUUUAUAAGCUGGAUAAGCACCUAUGUAUGUAUACCCCUGGACCAACGCACGCUAAAGCCAUCUCGAGCGACGGAGGUCGUCGAGUUUGCUCUGCCCACGCUGCAAAUUGGAUGCGGGGGCAAACAACUCCAGGCGUUUAUUUUGGACGGCACUGAGGCAGCCACGUCAUUUGAUGACUGCAAAGAUUGCUCCUUUGAACGUGUCCGAAAGGUCCCAGUUCGGUUUUAUUAUUAA